AGGGCCCCGGUCAGACGUCCCCAGUAAACAUUAGUAGGUAUAUGACUGAAGAUCGUUUUUCCAUUGGAGCACGUGUUGAGGAUGAAAGCGUUUCUAACAGGUUUGUUAGUGCACUCCGUGCACCAACAAAACCUCGACUGGUUUGUUAGUGCACUCCGUGCUGACGUCGGCCCGGCAUCGGCAAAGCAAACAUCGGGGUGACGUCGGCAUCUCGGCAUCAGCAUGCCGACGUCGGUCUAACCUCGGCACGGCGUCGGCUGGACGUCGGGAGGCAGUCAAGUGACAUCCGUCUGCCAGUCCCAGAAAGCCUGGGCUAGGCUUCAGUGGCGAGCGGAACAUUCUAUUGCCAUGCUCGGGUGGCCGAUAUCAACAACGCAGGGGUCUUCUUUAAGUUGAAGUAGUCCAGAAGCAUGGCUGCUCUUCUGAUCAGUCGCAUUGUCUACUCCAUUACAAAUGCAAGUGGAUCAAGUGCCGCCAGGGGCUGGCUGCGCGCUGGUGCCGGUCGCCGCUGGCAGCGACCCCCGGACCCCUCUGGCGCCCUCCCGGGCCACGCCUGCAGUCUCUGCGGACAGACCCGGGCGCUGCACAUGUCCGCGCGCCUGCUCAAACAGAGGAAAACCAAGGAGACCAAAAAGCUGGCCUUCAAGCCGAAGGCCAAGUCGGACCCGGUGGUGAAGAUCUGGCGGAAUAUGACGGUCGCCGAGCUGGCUGCCGCGCUCGAGAAGACGGAAGACCACGUGUACGAGGCGAUGCUGUUCAUCCCGGGCACGGACGACUACGACUCGUCCCACGCGCCGAUCGGAGACAUCAGCGUGCUGCAGGGCGUGGUGAAGAAGACUGGCCGGCGCGCCGCCGUGGUGGCUGCCCCGGAGCCGGCCGCGCCGCCCGUCAGCAAGGACAUCGCGCGCAGGCCGCCGCCCGCCGACUGGUCGGCUGUGCCCCGCCGGCCGCCCGUGGUCACCAUUAUGGGCCACGUGGACCACGGCAAGACGACGCUGCUCGACGCGCUGCGGCACUCGCACGUGGUGGACUCUGAGUUUGGAGGAAUCACUCAGCACAUCGGCGCCUUCAGAGUGCAGCUGGACGACGAGACAAUGACCUUCCUGGACACGCCCGGGCACGCGGCGUUCUCAGCGAUGCGUCACCGCGGCGCUCUGGCCACCGAUCUGGUGGUGCUCGUGGUGGCGGCUGAUGACGGCGUGAUGGAACAGACUCGCGAGAGCGUCCGGCACGCGGAGGAUGCCGGCGUACCGCUCCUGGUGGCCAUCAACAAAUGUGACAAACCGGAGGCCGAUGUGGAGGCCACGAAGCGCUCGCUACUCGAGGCCGGCGUGCAGCUGGAGGAGCUCGGCGGUGAGGUGCAGGCGGUGCAGAUCUCGGCCCUGCGCGGACACGGCCUCACGGAGCUCAAGGAGACCAUCCUGACGCUGGCAGAGCUGCUCGACCUCCGGGCGGAGCGGACCGGGCCUGUCGAGGGAGUUGUACUCGAGAGCCGAACGGACCCCAAACGAGGCCGGCUGAGCACGGUGCUAGUGCAGCGCGGCACGCUGCGCCGCGGCGCCGUGCUGGUGGCCGGCGGCUGCUGGGCGCGCGUCCGCGCCAUGUUCGAUGACGCCGGCCGGCCGGUGCAGCGCGCGCCGCCCAGCGCGCCCGUCGAGGUGCUCGGCUGGAAGGAGCUGCCCUCGGCCGGCCUCGAGGUGCUCGAGGUCGACUCAGAGAAACACGCCAAAGAGGUGGUGACGUGGCGGCACCACCAGGAGUCGUUCAGGAAGGCGCAGGAGGACCAGGAGGCGGCGCAACAGAGGCUCGAGAAGCACCUGUCAGAGUACCGAGCCGAGCGGGAGGAGAGACUCAAACGGGGCCUCAGGUACCGACCAGCAUCUAGCAGAGGUCCACGUCAGAAGGAAAUAACCGACGAGCACACGGGUCCGACACUGUCUGUCAUCGUUAAAGGCGACGUGGACGGCUCAGUGGAGGCCAUCCUGGACGUGCUGGACACGUACCACGAGUCGGACGUGCGGCUCGACCUGGUCCACUACGGCGUCGGCAACGUCACCGAGAGUGACGUCAGCAUCGCCAAAAUGUUCAACGCUGUGGUGUACGGGUUUAACGUGGAGGCUCCGCCCGAUGUGGCGGCCCGUGCGCGGUCCGACAACACGCCCAUUCGUCUGGUGAACGUCAUAUACCGACUGGUGGAUGACGUGCGACAGGAGCUCAACAAACUGAUGCCGCUCAAAGAGGUGGACGAGGUCAUAGGAGAGGCCAACGUCCUUCAGGAGUUUGUCGUCACGGAGAAGAAGCACAAGAUCCCCGUGGCCGGCUGUCGGUGUACCAAGGGCCAGCUGAAAAAGGCCGACAAGUAUCGACUCGUCAGAGAGGGCGAGACGGUCUACGACGGCACUCUGUCAUCAAUGCGCCACUUGAAGAACGAGGUGGACACGGUAAAAAAGGACGUCGAGUGUGGCCUGAUGCUGGCCGAUCCCGAGGUGCGCUUCCAGCCGGGAGAUGUACUCGUGUGUUACCGAACUGUGAGGCGGGAGCAGACCACCGACUGGGACCCGGGAUUCUAGGGGAGGAGGGGAGGGAGGGGGCGGGCGCGGCUGCGGCCGUUACACGGGGUAUUGUGCUGUGUUGAACUGCCGGUGUAUUGUUUCCAGUCAUUGUUACCGUACCGGCCGAAUUAGAGCGCUAUUGCAAUUGUGAGAAUGGAAUGAUCGCGAUGUCGGGUGAUACUGCAAUAGACAUGUGAAACUCA